AUGCAAAAAGACAACACUAACACCGUUAUAUCGCACUGUAAACUGAACUCUGAAACACCAACUUUAAUGGAUCGCUUUCAAACAAAACCUUCCAAAUACCAACACGAACAAUUCAUCCGACAGGUUAUUGAUAUUCUGUUGAAAGAAGCUGUGUUCCAGGGAACGUCAAAUGAUAGUUUAGUCAUCGAAUGGAUGGAGCCAGAAUCUUUGAUGGCUUUACUGGGAGAAGAGCUGCCAAAAAAUCCUGAAUCGGACGAGAAUCUAAUCAAACUUAUAAAGGACGUUGUACGUUACAGCGUAAAGACUGGUCAUCCACAUUUCAUCAAUCAACUAUUUUCAAGUUUGGAUCCAUACGGACUUGUGGCCCAGUGGGUAACAGAUUCUUUGAAUCCCAGUGUUUAUACAUACGAAGUUGCUCCUGUUUUUACGCUCCUGGAGCAUAAACUUCUUUGCGAAAUGCGACGUUACGUAGGAUUCCCAGGUGGCAGUGGCGAUGGAGUUUUUUGCCCAGGCGGUUCAAUGGCUAAUAUAUACGGGAUUCAAUGUGCUCGACAUCACGCUAUGCCGGAUUUGAAAGAAAAAGGAACUUUUGCAUCACGUCGCCUAGUGGUUUUGACGUCCAAAGAUGCCCAUUAUUCAAUCAAGAAAGCUUGUUUCCUUCUUGGAAUAGGCACAUCCAAUCUUUACCUAGUAGAUGUGGAUAAUGAUGGUCGAAUGAAUCUCGCACAUCUUCGAGAAGAAAUACAAAGAGCUCUCAAGGAGGGUGCCAGACCAUUUAUGGUGUCGGCCACAGCCGGAACCACCGUCUUAGGCUCAACAGAUCCUCUUGACGGGAUCGCUGACAUAUGUCAAGAAUUUGGUCUAUGGAUGCAUGUAGACGCAGCAUGGGGAGGCGGAGCUCUUAUGUCCACAAAGCAUCGUCAUAUCCUAAAUGGAAUUCAGCGAGCCGAUUCCGUAACGUGGAACCCCCACAAAUUGCUUGGGGUACCUCAGCAGUGUUCCACUUUUUUGACACGACAUCUAAACCUUCUCCUGGAGGCCAAUUCCGCUUCAGCGUCUUAUUUGUUUCAAAAAGAUAAGUUUUAUGAUCCCAAGUGGGACGUCGGAGACAAAUAUCUGCAAUGCGGACGACGAGCAGACGUCCUCAAAUUUUGGCUGAUGUGGCAAGCGAAGGGAAGUUUAGGCUUGGAAAGACAUGUGGAUACACUCUUUGAAAAUGCAGCCUAUUUCACUUCAAUUAUUCGGGAUCGCGAAGGUUUCAAACUAGUACUAGAGGAGCCAUCAUUCGUGAACGUAUGCUUUUGGUAUAUUCCGCCAAGCCUUCGAAAUUCUCAGCAUGACGAAGAUUAUCAUGAAAAGCUACACCGAAUCGCUCCAAAGAUCAAAGAACGUAUGAUCAAAAAGGGCAGCAUGAUGAUCACCUACCAACCGCUGAGAAAUUUGCCAAACUUCUUCCGACUAGUUCUACAAAGCUCGGGUGUCAAUACGAAAGACAUGGAAUUCUUCGCAGAAGAGAUAGAGCGCCUCGGAUGCGAUCUCUAGCAAGUCGUUUUAAAUUAAAUAGCAUUUUCUGCAUUUGAA